AAGUUUUUGUUUUCAUUGGCAGCCACUGCAGAGUGCUGUUAAACCGCUCUUUUAAAGCUAGGUGUCAGUAUGUUGCUGCUCUUUGGUUCAGACGUAAUGUCUUAAUAUAACCAGACCACAGGCUUACUUGUUCCCUGGUGUCACUUAGUUCAUUGCUUAAGAUGCAUGUGUUGGUUGUGUUAUGCAUUUCGUCAGUGGUUCUUUUUGCCUGUGUAAAUGGCGCUGUUCCACCGUCAUGUGACAGUGAAAUAUACUGCACUGGGCCCAUCUUGCAUCAGGUACAGGAAGCUAAACUGUUUGACGAUGACAAGUACUUUGUUGACAUGAAACUGAGGGAAACUCCUGAUGUUGUUUUGUCUGCGUUUCACAAUCUUUCAAAUGACUCACCAAACACCACUGUACCGCCUGCCAAACUGCAGGAGUUCCUCAGUACUUACUUUGAGAAACCAGGGACUGAGUUUGAGCCAUGGACACCACCAGACUGGCAUGAAAAGCCAAAGUUCCUGGGAGGAAUAGCAGACCAAGAACUACGCAGCUGGGCUGAAAAGAUACACGAUCUGUGGAAGCUUCUGGGCAGAAAGAUCCACACUGGUGUUAAAGAUCACCCAAACUCGCAGAUAUACACCCCACAUCCUGUUGUUGUGCCAGGAGGGCGCUUUAGGGAACUCUACUACUGGGACUCCUACUGGGUCAUCAAUGGGCUCCUGCUGUCAGAAAUGACAGCCACAGCCCGUGGGAUGAUUCAAAACUUCCUCUACCUUGUCAACAGAUAUGGCUUCAUUCCAAAUGGUGGGCGGAUUUACUAUGAAAGGCGCAGUCAGCCUCCAUUCCUCACUCUAAUGGUGGAGAGCUACUAUCAAGCAACCAAGGAUAAAGAGUUCCUCAGAGCAGCUUUGCCAGCACUGGAGCAGGAGUACCAAUUUUGGAUGCAGAACCGCUCUGUGACUUUGAAAUUAAAUGGGACAGAGCAUGUGCUGAACCGAUAUGAUGUAAAGGUGGGCUUGCCCAGGCCUGAAUCCUACACAGAUGAUCUGGAACUAGCGGAAGGACUCACCAAUGACCGUAAGGAGAAGCUGUGGAUGGAUCUAAAAGCGGGUGCAGAGUCUGGCUGGGACUUCUUAUCCUGCUGGUCUAUAAAUGGUGACGGCCACAACAACGGCACCCUGGGGGAUACCAGCACCAGUCAGAUCCUGCCUACUGACCUCAAUGCUCUUCUGUGCCUCAAUGAGAAGACUCUUGCUUCCUUUCACAGGAUACUGGGUGAUGGUGACUCAGCUGCACUGUAUGACCAGGCUACAGCCCGCAGGCUGGAGGCGAUAGAGUCUGCGCUGUGGGAUGCUGAGAGGGGUGCCUGGUUUGACUACAACCUAGUGACGCACACCAAACACUCUGAGUUUUACCUCUCCAACCUGGCACCUGUUUGGGCACAGUGCUAUUCUCAGCCUGAGAUGGGAGAGAAGGCAGUACAGUAUCUGAAGGGGAGUGGUGCUCUCCAAUUUCCCAAUGGAGUUCCAACAUCGCUGAGAGAGUCUGGGCAGCAGUGGGACUAUGCUAACGCAUGGCCUCCUUUACAACACAUGCUCAUUGAUGGUUUAUUAAAACUGCCUUCAGAGGAUGCUCAACAACUAGCAUUUGAUUUGGCCCAGCGCUGGAUCAGGACAAAGUGGUUGGCAUACAUGAAGUAUGAUGCCAUGUUUGAAAAGUAUGAUGUGAAUGGCGAUGGCAAACUUGGUGGUGGAGGAGAAUAUGAAGUUCAGCUGGGUUUUGGCUGGACCAAUGGCGUGGCCCUGCAGCUCCUGAACCAGUAUGGGGCGACUCUCACCUCAGGAAGCGGGCGAGUGUCUUCUGGCCUCCUGCUGCCUCUAGUCGUCUCAGCCGCUAUCAUGCUCCAGUGAAACAGAGGUGACGAACGAGCCUGACUGGAGGUCAGAUUUUAUUUUUUCUGGUUUCACUGCACUACAACACUCCAGUCCACUGGCUGACUUCAAACAAACGGAUAUUGACAUUAAAAUGAGACUAAAUUGUGCAUAUUUUAACAAGUUCUGAUUUCUUUCUAAAUCGUAUAUGAUCAGGAUCACUCUUCUUUGUAGAAGGAACAGGAUGUGAUUUAUCAUAAACUAAAAAUUCCUUUGAUGAAUAUUUUAGUAUGUAUCCUUAGAGAUAAAUGAUCUCUGAUGAUAUCAGAAGAUGCAGAUCAUGUAGGCACUUAAAUGGACUCUCUCCAGUAAUUCAAGCUGUUAGCGCUGGCUGCUGCUUGGAUCACAACAUUAACUUGUCCCAGAUAUUGAACUGACAUUACAAACAGUUAUUCACCUAAUUCAAUUAUAAAGUUUAUUGCUAUGCUGUAGCUUAAUUCACUCCGAGGCCUUCUAUUUGCAUGUAUACUGAAGUUGGACUGUAAACGAGCUCAUGUGAGAAAUAAAAUGCGACAUACAAUAAUGAAUACAAUAA